CUGAAGGACAUUAGUGGUGAUGUAAUAGUCAGAGGUAUUGGAUCAGGUGUUGCCAUGGUAUCAUUAAAAGUGGACUACAACAUGCAAGAACCUGGAGGGGAUGAUGCUUUCAAUCUUGUCGUGGUUGUAUCUGACAUAGACCAGAACAGAAUCUCACUUGCAGCAUGUGGAAGUUAUUUGGGUGAAGGCUCGAGUGGUAUGUCCGUGAUGCAGGUGGGCUUACCAUCAGGAUUUUUUGCUAAGGAGGAUGAUCUGCUAAAUAUGGUUGGUGUUACCCCUGGAUUAAAAAGAUUUGAUGCAGAUGGCUCCAAGGUUGUUUUCUACUUUGAUGAGAUUCUCAACAAGACUCAGACUUGCGUGACUGUUGGAAUGAGCCGAAGUGAAGCUUUGCUAACAGUCAACCAGCUGCUGUAGAGAUCUUUGAUUAUUAUAAGCCUGAGAAAAACGUGGCCCAAAUGUAUUCCUCAGAAACAUUACAAAACACCAACAUAUGUGAUGUCUGUGAUGACUGUGACGGAUGUAUCUAUUCUGGUACCAGCUCCAAACCCAAAAUGAUUGGAUAUGUGACAUUUAUCAUUUACUCUACUGUCCUGUCCAUCCU